AUGAAUGCAUCUGUAAUAUCUACUUAGGCCUAUUUUAGUGGUUUUACAACCAAUCUUCUAAGAGAUACAGGCUACUAUGCAAAAAUAAAUGACUCUAUGGAAGAAUAAAUGUUUUAUGGAAAAGGAAAAGGAUGUGAAUACGUCAUGGGUAAAUGCGAUAUUAAAUUAAGAGAAUAUUGUGAUCCUAAAAAUGAAGCUGCAUUAUGUGAUUUUCACCAUUAUGGAUUUGCUGAAUGUAAAACUGGUUUAUAUAAUAAUUCUAAUUGCAAUAAUUUAUUUGUCUACAACAAUGCAAAAUGCUUUGAUGUAAGCAGUCCAUUUAACUAAGACGCUAUUACAAAAUCAAAUGGAAAUAAAUUUGGUACUGAUUCGAGAUGUUUCAACGGAAGCUUAUUGGCUAAAGGAUUCUUUGGAGAAGAUUGUACUAGUAAUAUACCUGUGUAAAAAAAAUGA